AGAGAGAACUUUCACCAACGCCAACUCAACAAAGAAGAAGUACCGGAAGCUCUCCAAUGUCUACAAUGGAAAGUACAAUUACCCAACUUCUUGUAACAACCAAAUCCUUGUUGGAAGCUCUGACUGCUUGGUCUAUGGGACGUGUGUCUAAGCAACAAGUUUCUGAUAUUUAUGUAAAGCUAGCUAUGGAAUUAAACCAUGUUGUUCAAUUAUUUGAUCAAGCAGGAGUAGACACGAGAAUUCAUAUUAGUAACAUGGAGAAUAUUCCACAGGAGUUGAAUAACAUGGCGAGUAUCCCACAGGUAUUGAAAGUAUGUCUUGAAGAUGCACUUGGUGAAGAAGCUUCCCCAACGUCUUUGGAAAAUCACCUUCCUAAAAUUAAAGACAUCAUAGUAACCUUAUUACAAUCUUUGAAAACAAAGCAAAGUACAUAUCGUCAGACGCAAAGCAGUUAUGAGAAUAAUAAUUCGCAAUCGACGUCUCCCAUAAAUGGAACCCAACCUUUCAGUUUAGUGAAUCAAAGUCCAUCUCCUCCUCUUCCUCCUAACAAUAGAGAUGAUCCUGUAUCUGUUUUAAAACGAGAUAAUCUUGAACGUCGUGCUUCAAGAAGAUAUUCUGCUUGGGGAACCGGAAAGAGAACUAACUUACGUCAGUCUAAAAAAAUUAUUUCUGCACAACCACCUGAGAUUAAUAUACCUGAGAUGGCUGAGAUGGCUGAAGUGGUACAUGAAGAAGCAACGAUAAAACCCCCCAAUAUCUCUGUUAUAACAUCACCUAUACCAUCUCCUAUAGAAUAUGUACCUCCGAAUAACAAAACCGACAAACCUAGUUUAGAUAAACUUGAUGUAACAGAUGAUGCUAAAGAUUCGAAUAAUAAGAAAUUGAUCACAUUAUAUUUACAACUUGGAAAAGAUGUCAAGAAAAUAAAAUAUGACGGAGAUAUAAGCAUGACUGCAUUACAAAUGCUGUUUGUUGAGAAAUUUCAAUAUAAUCCUGGUAUGGAUGAUUUCCCAAAAAUAUUUAUAAAGGAUCCACAAGUUGGUAUACUUUAUGAAUUGGAAGAUAUGAGCGAAGUUAAGGAUAAAUCU